UGCAGCUCAGUGAGCAGCAAUGGCAGGCAACAUUGCUUUGCCGCUUCAAGAAUUCAUCGCUUCACUGGACAACACCAGUUUGCCAAAAAUUUUGCAAGUUUGUUCUGGAGUGUAUUUCCAAGGUUCGAUAUAUGAAAUUUCUGGAAGUGAAGUGUGCUUUUCUACUGGGGAUCUCAUAAAGGUCAUUGGUAUUGAACUGCAAUCUGUUUCCUGUGAAGAUGUCACCAACAAUGAGAAGUUUGAGUUGCCAGUCACUCACACAGGAUUGUUCAAAGUGGUCCCCGAGCAGAUGCCGUACACGUCAGUCGAGGAGAUGUUGAGUCUGAGGCCCGUGGACCUGGAUGAUUCCCUUCCUUUUACCUUCGUCAGCCACUCCAAGGUGACCUUCGGCAGUCUCACGCUGGGGGCCGGCAAAGCGCUGACUGUGCUCUCAAUCGAGAAGCGUGAAGAUGAAGAGGAUAUGGUGCGUUGCCAUGUAAAAGGCCAAACGGAGGCCUCAGCUGAGGUGUGCAUUCCUCUGUCUUCUCGAGGGGAAUUUUCUGAAUGCGAGAGUGAGGAAUCCUACACCCUGAAGGAGAUCAUGGCUUCUCCUUGCCUGCGCAGUCGAAGAUUUCGCUUUGUUAAGACCACCAAGUGUGAGCGGAUCCUUGUCCUGAGUCCAGUCUAUCAGGUCCAGGCCAUCAUGAACAUGAGGAAGAACGUACUAAGGUUUCCGUCCAGCCUGGAGGUGGAUGUGGUCGAUGUCACUGAUGUGUGUAAAGAUGCAAACUUUGUGACGCCUCUAAACCUGACAGAGGUCCUGUCUCAGCCAGACAAAUCAUUUCCUGUCGUGGCAGAGAUAUUGGAGGAGCCAGAGAGCCGCUCUUUCUUCAAGUGCGCGUGGCUGCCAGGGCUGGUCAAGAGCACCAACCUGAUUUUGCACAAGAAAGGAACUACGCCCAUGGUCCUGUUGUCCAGCUUGAAGGGCCGGAAGACUCAGCAGUACUUCCUUGUGUCCCAGCAGUACGGUGGACGGUUUCGGAGGAGGCCAAGAGAGUUCAACUCGGUGUACGAGGUGUACGUUGCUUCAACGCAGACACACAGCCUGACGGUGAGCGUGACGAGGAACUGUGAGGAAGUCGAGGAGGAGGGUCUGCCAGGCCUCAGCGUUGGGGAGAGGCUACAGAUUGUGGACUGCACUAGAAUGGAGUUGCCUUCUGAAAACAAUAAAGGGGAGAAGCAGUCUGUCGAGGCUCUUUUGUGUCAUCGUCUCCAAGAGCCAGACGACGAGGAGGACGACGAAGAGGAUGAGGAUGAAGAGAAGGAUAAACAGGAGGAGGCAAAAGAGGAGGUCUUACUGCCUCUCUACAUGCAGGGUCACUUUGUAGAGGUUCUUGGUGAAAACAAAAAGUAUAAACUCUGUGAUUUGGGUAAGGAGUUCGGUUUGCCACUGGAUGUCAAAGUGGUGAGUCGAGACACUGACCUAGAGACUGAUCCACUAGUUGGGUUUCCUUGUCUGAGGAUAGAGGGAGCAAUGCUGGAGCCAAGCAUUCAGGCAAGCUUUACAGACAAACCCGACCACUGUUUCCAUCUCCUCCCGCAGUGGCUCUCUUUGUCCGUCUCUUUUACCAAAGAUGCUCUUCCUUGGCCUCGGGACCAAUUCCCCAAGUGUUUCACGGAAAAGGUUAGUGAGAUGACAGAUACGUUCUUUUAUGAAUUUCGCAAAAAGGGUAACUCGGACGAGGCUCCUCCACCUCGACCGCCAAAACGAGACAUGUCAUCAUCAAACUUAGUCACAAAAAAAUCUAAAUCCACAAAGAAAUCCUCCAAGCCAAAGAAAAACAAAGACAAAAGCGUACUGACGGAGAAGCUCAAUGACUUGACGUUGAAUCACAAAAAACGGCCCCCGGCUCCACUGCCUCCAGAUGAACCUCCUCCACUUGUACCGCGAAAGUGCUCAGCCGCAGAUAUCACAAGCAAGGCCAAGCCAAACACUUACGUAAAGAUAAACCAACCAUUAAAAAGGGACCACCUGUGUGAUGUGGCUGCAGACGUGGAAAGUGACCAUGACUACGAAACCGUGGAUGAGACUUUGGUGGCUGUGGUUAAGACAGCUCAAGAAAACGUGAUGUUCUAUUAAAAAGAAAGUCCUAUCUUGCAAACAUUCCUCUGAGCUGGAUCUGAUGUAGACAGGGACUAAAUUAGAAGAGUUGAGCCCUCGGCAUCGUUCAUGAGCUUUCAGACGAUGCGAUCAUAUCCUUCAGUCUUUUAUUAUUAGUACAGAGUAACAGUGUAUUAUUACAGUCUUGAGAAAGUACCUGUGUUAUACUUGCGUUUCUCAUAUGUUCAGCAAGACUCCUCCCUGAAUUACCUCUUUAUUCCGCCAAUGAAAAACUUUAUACCAGUACGAUCCUAUUUCACAGCAGACUCGUUUGGAGUGAGGCUUGAACUUUUCCUCUAACCACUGAUAGCUGAAAAGAGUCACUCUGCUUAUCUCUUCAUUAUUUGCACCUGUUACAGGGUGAUAUAUAUUAGGCAGCAAGGUGAUUUUUGAAUGUCACAUCGAUGUGCUAUCAGCAGUGCUGAGUGUAAGAAUCCAAGAAAGUUUAAGAGUGCUACAUUUUGGCUGCGUCUGAGUAACUCCAAAAAUGCAGCUUUUAUUGGUUAUCCCCAGUCUUUGGUGGUAAUUAUUUAUCAAAAGUGGGUCAGUGAGGAACAAGCACCAUGUUUCAUUGCUUCAUGGGGAAGAUAAGGCACGGACCAGUGGUUUGAGUCAACAGACAAGCUACUAUAAUUUAAACUGCUGCAGACGACAUCACUGCUGGUUCUGACAGCAUGCAUGCCACCCACAGGGAAGCUGCUAUGAGACCAGCAGUAACACUUACCAAAGCAUUGUUACAAAUAAUACUUGCCUGAUUGCUUUGGUGUCUUUAAGCGGAUAGCACACACAGCCACAUAGUGAGGAAAGUUCUUCAAACCAUGUGGGGAGCACAGCAAGUUUUAGAAAACGUGGGAUUUGCGGGGAAAUCAAGCCCAGUUAAUGGAAACCUUCAGAAGGCCGGGGGUAUAGGAUCAUAAUGUGUAUUUAUCACUCAAUAGAUAGUCAGCUAAAUCUCCAUCUAAGUUAGGAAAUUGUCAAAGCAAAGCAAAUGUCCCUCACUGUUGCUUUUGAUGGGGCAAUAGUGAUGAAUGGGCAAUUUUCUCUGAGUUCUUAAUUACUUCAAAAUCUUGUAGGGUUUUGCGCUGUCGUGCCAAAUUCAUGCAGUUGUUCUUUGAAAUUACUGGUCAUUUCUGCUUUGCCACUCUGAUGGCUAAAGUGUGGAGCUGUACCCUCCUGUCAAAAAUUAUUAGCUUCAUCAUUGUUAAAGGGAAAGAGGCUGUUGCUUCGAAACACUUCUGUAUUCUCUUAUCAGUUGCCAGUCACUUCACUUACUAAAUAGUUCUUAGUGAUCUUGUGUAUAUUUGCAUGACAGCAGUUAUUAGUUAACAUUAUUUAGAGACAGUGUGUCUGAAUAGUGUUGCCUCCGUGUCUUGAGGCAACGUGUCUUGCGUUGCCUCAAGACUCCUUGUCUUGAGGCAACGCAAAAGUACUCCGCGCUGUUAAGGCCUGCAGCUGCAAAAACCUACAGCUGUACAGUAGUUAUCUACAGUUCUCAAACUGAUGUACAGAUACUCAGUGGUAUCAGUGGUUUUACUUACAGACAUUUCAGUGCUACUUAAGACAUACAGGUAUUGAAUAUUUAUUGUUUUGAAAAACUAACGGUAUCUCAUAGCUUUGUCACAUUGCAACCCCAAAACACGUGACUUCCCAAUAAAAAAAGAGUAACUAAUGUUAGCGCUUGAGAAAAAGGAAACAGAUAAUAAUCUGAAAAGCGUGGCAUGCGUUUGUAUUUAGUCAGAAUUAAUAUUUUUACAGAUUCAAUUUCCCCAAUAUUUACAGCUGCAAAUCUUUUGCAGUAUUCUCAACCAGCUUGGCACAUCUAGAGACUGACAUUUAUGCCUAUUCCAGUCCGUCAGCUCGGAUGGGACCGUUUUUGAGUUUUGCAGCAGAUCCUCAAUUGGAUCUACUGUAGGUCUCGAUCAAGGUUUAGUUUGGGCCUGUCAAUGCAAAAAAUAGGACAUAGAUUUCACAGUUCUGCAAGGCCUGGAAAUAAAUAUGAACAGAAAAAGCCACUGUCAGCUGAACUGUGGUGAAAAUAUAAUACGCACAAGCAGCGAAAAAAGCGAACUGCUUAAGUACAUAAUUCUUUGCUUCAGUCACAACUACUUAAAAAGCAGUUAUUGUGCAAGACAUUUUAAGAAACUCUAUAAGAAGCUGAAGUGAAGCAGUGAGUUCUGCUGGCUGUGUUGUGCUGUGUUCAGUGGCCAGGCCAACUGCUAUGAAAAAUACGAGGCAAUAAAAAUUGUUCUUUGAAUGCUUUGAAUGAAACUGUAGCAAGAUAUUCUUUAAUAAAAGUUGCAGUGUUAGAAAGGAGUAAAUUGUUGAGAUGAAGACAGCCAGAAGCGCAGAUAUUAUGUAUGAUCUAAGCACGCAGCAGCCAUACUGGACUUUGAAGUCUAGGUUGUUGUGAAAUCACCAACUGUACAAACCGUGGUUCAGACUUCAGAGGACAAUUUACUUUUACAGCCUGAAACAUGGAAAUACUGGCGUUUCAGUAUAUAGAAAAUUCACAGUUAAACCACAUCCUGCAAACAUGCAGCCCCUGUUUCAUGGAACAGACGAUGUCUAAGCAAAGGGACAUUGUGCUUGAAAAGUUGCUUCAGACGUUAUUGAUGUCAAAACAUCAAUAAGAACAAGCUGACCGAAACCAAGCUUCAAUGUCUUUGUUUUGGCUAUAUUUGGAUAUGAAGCGUAUUUCGACAUUAUUUUCAACAUGAUUUUUCUGCGCUGAACAGGCAUAGGCAUUUUCAUAGAAUUCAUACUAGAAUUAUAGUUGCUUCCCUAUUAUAGUUUUAAGAUGUCUCAAAGGUUAGUGGUACUUAGAAUACUCAGUUUUUAUGAAUGUUUUUUUCUCAAAAGAG